AUGGAAAAUGGUGAUGAACCGGAAAUGAAGAAAAAGGAGAAACUACCACCCUUCUUCGUCAAGAGAUUCCCACCCGGACUUCGAGAGAAUAUCGAAUUCUUCAUCAUGCAAGGCUUUGAAGUACACCAUGCGCAUGACAAGCCACUCAAGGUGGUAUUGCGUGGUCUGCCCGACACGGAAAUCGCCGCACUGUCGGAAGAGCUGAAGAAGAACGGCCUAGAGCCGACGCAAGUCUUCAAAAUGAAUCGGCACGACGCCUCUCGUAAGCACCGUGACCAACUGUAUUUGGUCCACCUCGAGCGAAACACAACGUGUUUGAAGGACCUGCAGUGUAUUCGGGCGCUUUUCCACAUCGUGGUUAAGUGGGAACGCUACCAACCUCGCCCCCGUAACGUCACCCAAUGCUCAAACUGCCUCAUGUUUGGGCAUGGGACCAAAAAUUGCCCCAUGGCUCAUCACUGCAACGAAUAUGGCAAGCAACACGCACCCGAAGAAUGCGAGAGGAUGGAGAACGCCGAUCCACAAUGUGCCAACUAUGGUACAGCACAUCGAGCUACCAGCAAGUCUUGUCCGAAGCGUACGGAAUUCAUGGAAAUCCGUAAUAGGGCCUCCAUGCAGAACCAGCCGGGUCACAAAAAGGUACCGGCAUGCAAAGAGCAGAAUUUCCCCGCCAUUAGCCAACGGCGUCCGAUUCCGAUUCUUCCGCCACUACCGCUCAACAACAGUUUGGCAGCUGCUGCUGCUGCUACAUCGGUCCCGCCAACUGCUGAGGUGCCAAACCAUCCGGCUAAUCCGAGCCGUCAGUCCUAUGCGGCAACGAUUUCGACUACGAAGAGCUACCCAUUACCAUGA